UGAGGGGAUGGUUAAAACCCAAAAAAGGAGUUGAGCAGGGGAGACCAACGUACAACAGUGAACCAUCACCUGUCAGACUUAUACAUUGACCAGAGCAGUAAAACCGUAGUGCACACAAGCUGUGCAGGAAUACUGCAACAGACGUUAAGCUAUAGGUUACUUUUCUCAAACUGCACGCGCUAUUAUGUCUUCAGUUGUAAGACAAUCUUAAAUUCACUUCUCUUGGUACUAAUCCUCUGACAGAAGACGAUAACGUGCUCUCCCGCCUGAAGGGAAGUCAUGAAUAGGGAGAAGGUUCUGGUGGGAGACCUCACGAUCGCUGCUCCACCGGCGUCCGUUGUGGCUGCACAAACUGCGGUGAUCGUCGUAGCUUCUCCGGAAAGCAUGGACAAUAACGGCGAGAAGCGGCUCUCUGCCAACGAACUGUCAGUGUUUUCCUGCCCGGGGGGUAGAGACAUACUGCAAGGGGACAGUCGAGACAACUCUCCACGUCAAGAGGCGGCUCCGGUAGCAAUGCCCAUGCUUCAUCGGACCACCUCAUUUUCGGUUUUGGACAUUUUGGACCCAAAUAAGUUUACAAGCAAAAAGCAAAAUCCUAAUCGGACAGGCAGUGAAUUCACGUUCGGAACAGAGAACCGUGGAGCCGACGACUCGAAUCAUGCUGUGGAUCAGAAACCUUAUGCAGACGAAUAUGACACAUGUAAAAAAUCUACAGGACUAAAGGAGGCGUUUGUGUACCGAUCCGACGAAUGCGAGAAUGAUUUCAAUAGAGGCACCCACUCAGACAGCGAGAUGCAGGAUGACAUAUGUAGCGAUGAGAGCAGCAGCGCGCUAACUGGAAACGCGGAGGGCGAACUGGCCCAACAUGACGACGACGACCAGGCAUGCAAAAGCCCGAGAAGUCCUCAUGGACAGCAAACGCAACAGUCAGGAUCGAAUGGACCAAGUCAUCAAGGAAAGCCGAAGAGGAAACGCUCUGGCUCCGAUUCAAAGUCGGGAAAGCCCCGAAGGGCCCGGACCGCAUUUACGUACGAACAACUUGUUGCGCUAGAGAACAAAUUCAAGUCGACCCGAUACCUCUCCGUGUGUGAGAGACUCAAUCUGGCAUUGUCUCUCAGUUUGACUGAAACUCAAGUCAAAAUCUGGUUUCAGAACCGACGGACCAAGUGGAAGAAACAGAACCCGGGUGCAGACACCAGUGCCCCGACCGGCGGAGGCGGGGGCCCGAACGGUCAGAAUAAUGGACUAGGGGGCCUGAGUCCGCUCAGCCCAUCUCCUCCCAUGAGCCAUCUGUCAAUGCACACGGGCUACCCAGGUCACGGACCAGGCGGGCUAGUCUGCACCACCCAGUUGCCCUUUCUGCCAAGUCAUGCGGUACUAUCACCUUUCAUGUUAGGAUCUCAGACUUAUGGAGCGCCUGCAUUUUACACUUCACACCUGUAAAGAUAGCCUAUGGAGAUACGUGGGGUUUUACACGCAAACAUGAUGGUUUCGGAGGGUCUACAAUUCCCCAAAAUAAUUGACUCCGAUGAGCUAUGACAUUAUUAACCACAUUAAAGAUAAGGUUUUAGAGAAAUAAAUUCCACGCCCAAACCUAAAGACUAAAAUGCACAUGCUGCUGUAAAUGGGCAAACUAUGAUAAACAUUUAAUGUCGUUAUUUCGGCAAGGACAAGUGCUGGAAGAAAGCCUAUAACUUUACCAAGCGAAGAAGAUUUUUCUUGUUGUAUUUGACUUUUGUUUUCAUUUUGAUAGAUUGUGAAUACUCGGGGUCAUAAUGUAUAUACAAAUGUUGAAAAAUGUUGGCCAAUGUGUAGCUUCUAAUUUCGAAUGCAAUUCAUAAUUAUUAGAGUUGAAAAAAAUAGGUUACAUACUGCACAUGAUGUAUCAAUAUCGUUCAUUUACAUCUGGAAUGGCUUGAAAUAUUGUAAUUACUGUGUAACUAAACUGUGAAAGAUAAAUAUGAUUUUGUUUUCAUAUAUACGUUUUCCCUAUUAAUUUAUAUAGACCUAUAGUUACCUGAUAAUAUUUGGCUAAAAUGAAUGCUCUUCCCAUUUGGAUUCAUCUUUGAUAAGACGGUAAAAUAAUAAUAUACAAUAGGCUAUGGCAAAUUAAUAGGAUACUUAAAUAUUUACAUCCAAUAGCCUAGAUUGAGGAUUCAAUUCAAUCAAACCGCCCCUGCAGUAUUUACGCAGCAAUUCUUUUUUCAGUGGUCACAUCUUCUCACAGGAUGGUACUGUAAACAACCCUAUAAGCAACCCCACACGAAGGUAUGGUUUAUUUUUUCAGAAUUAGAUGUGUGGGCACGACAUUAACUUUUUAAAUGACGGCACUGCGUAAACAUUGCUAUGGCGGGUUGCAUGAAUACCAGCCUUAAUCCUGUUUCUUAACAUUCGAUUAUUUUUCCUUUCCACCAAAUUAAAGGACAUUUUGGAACUGAAAACAUUGUCUUUUUUUACUUGUUACACCAAGUAAUCUGUUUCAUAAUAACAUUAUAGCAUAUUAAGCAAUA